AUGUCCGAGGCGUGGCUUGCUCUCAGGAGACUGGUCGUGUACGAAGCCGAACCGGUACGGCCCUAUGGGUCUCCUAGCUGCCAGGUGGGCGUGCUCGGCCUGCGCGCAAUCGCGCAGAACUGCCCUUGGAUGAAAGAACUUGCGCUGACGAGGCUGGUUUGUCACCCCGAGGAGAUGGACGUGUUGCCACUGGAGCUGCUAGACCACGGACUGCGGCAUUUGAGCGUACGCUACGGCUUCACUGAGGAGAUGCAUCGUGGCAUCGUGAACAGGAUCUUCCCUCAUCUCGAGGGCGGGCCUCCGACACUUUUGUAA